GUCCGGUCGCAGUCGGGUCCCGAGCAGCCCGGGAGCUCCGGAUCCCGCUCUACGAGCCCGUUCGUGGCUUUCACGGUUUCGGCUUUCGUGGAUUGCUGGGAGCCACCAUGUUCAACCCGCAACUCCAGCAGCAGCAACAGUUGCAGCAGCAGCUCCAGCAGCAGCAACAGCAGAUACUGCAGCUCCAACAGCUGCUGCAACAGUCCCCACCACAAGCCUCCUUGUCCAUGCCUGUCAGCCGGGGCCUCCCCCAGCAAUCAUCCCCGCAACAGCUUCUGAGUCUCCAGGGCCUCCACUCGACCUCCCUGCUCAAUGGCCCCAUGCUACAAAGAGCUUUGCUCCUACAGCAGUUGCAAGGACUGGACCAGUUUGCAAUGCCACCAGCCACGUAUGACAGUGCCAGCCUCACCAUGCCUACGGCAGCAUUGGGCAGCCUCCGUGCUUACAACGUGACAGCCCCAGGCCUAGCAGCUCCCAGCCUUACACCACCCCAGAUGGUCACCCCAAAUCUGCAACAGUUCUUCCCCCAGGCUACUCGCCAGUCCCUGCUGGGGCCUCCUCCUGUUGGGGUCUCAAUAAACCCUUCUCAGCACAACCACUCAGGGAGGAACUCCCAGAAGCAGGCCAGAACCCCCUCUUCCACCACCCCCAACCGCAAGGAUUCUUCUUCUCAGACAGUGCCUCUGGAAGACAGGGAAGACCCCACAGAGGGGUCUGAGGAAGCCACGGAGCUCCAGAUGGACACCUCUGAAGACCAAGAUUCACUAGUCUGCCCAGAUGGCAUGCUGAGUGAGCCCCAAGUGCCUGAGCCUGAGCCCUUUGAGGCGUUGGAACCACCAGCCAAGAGGUCCAGGAGCUCAGAGGAGUCCACCGAGAAAGGCCCUACAGGGCAGCCACAAGCAAGGGUCCAGCCUCAGACCCAGAUGACAGCACCAAAGCAGACGCAGACCCCGGAUCAGCUGCCUGAGCCACCAGACGCCCAAAUUCUGCCGCGUAUCCAGCCACAGGCUUUGCCGAUCCAGACCCAGCCAAAGCUGCAGAGGCAGGCCCAGACACAGACCUCUCCAGAGCACUUAGUGCCCCAGCAGAAUCAGGUAGAGCCACAGGUAUUCACCCAAGAGAAGACCCAGGACCAGCCUCAGACCUGGACACAGGAGUCAGUACCCCCACCAGAACAAGCGUCAGUUCCGGCCUGUGCCACGGAACCACAGCUAUCAUCUAAUGCUGCAGGGCAAGGUGAUGGGCAAGACCCAGACAAGGCCUUGCCAGAACCAGUAAGUACCCAGAGCAGUGAAGACAGGAGCCAGGAGGCGUCAGCUGGUGGCCUGGAUGUGGGAGAAUGUGAAAAGAGAGCGGGAGAGAUGCUGGGGAUGUGGGGGGCUGGGAGCUCCCUGAAGGUCACCAUCCUGCAGAGUAGUGACAGCCGGGCUUUCAACACCACACCCCUCACAUCUGGACCUCGCCCUGGGGACUCUACCUCUGCCGCCCCUGCCCUUGCCAGCACACCCUCCAAGCAAAGCCUCCAGUUCUUCUGCUACAUCUGCAAGGCCAGCUGCAGCAGCCAGCAGGAGUUCCAGGAUCACAUGUCAGAGGCUCAGCACCAACAGCGGCUUGGGGACAUGCAACACUCGAGCCAGACCUGCCUGCUGUCCCUGCUGCCCAUGCCUCGGGACAUCCUGGAGAAAGAAGUAGAAGGUCCUCCGCCCAAGCGCUGGUGCAACACCUGCCAGGUGUACUAUGUGGGAGACCUGAUCCAGCACCGCAGGACACAGGAGCACAAGGUUGCCAAACAAUCCCUGAGGCCCUUCUGCACCAUAUGCAGCCGUUACUUCAAGACCCCUCGAAAGUUUGUGGAGCACGUGAAGUCCCAGGGACACAAGGACAAGGCCCAAGAGCUGAAGACACUUGAAAAGGAGACAGGCAGCCCAGAUGAGGACCACUUCAUCACUGUAGAUGCCAUCGGUUGCUUUGAGAGUGGUCAAGAAGAGGACGAGGAUGAUGAUGAUGAGGAGGAAGAAGAAGAAGAGAUUGAGGCUGAGGAGGAAUUCUGCAAGCAGGUGAAGUCAAGGGAAACAUCCUCAGAGCAAUGGAAGGGCUCCGAGACGUACAGCCCCAACACGGCCUAUGGUGUGGAUUUCCUGGUGCCAGUGACGGGCUAUGUCUGCCGAAUCUGUCACAAGUUCUAUGACAGCAACUCAGAAAUGCGGCUCUCUCACUGCAAGUCCCUGGCCCACUUUGAGAACCUGCAGAAAUACAAAGCCAAGAACCCCAGCCCUCCUACCCGGCCUGUGAGCCGCAAGUGUGCCAUCAACGCCCGCAACGCCCUGACUGCACUGUUCACCUCGGGCAGUGGCCCCAGCCGCCAGCCCAGCCCCCAGGACACAGUGAAAAUACCCAGCAAGGUGAAGCCUGGACCCCCCGGAAUCCCUCCUCCCCUUCGGCGCUCAACGCGCCUCAAAACCUGAUAGAGGGAGCUCUGGCCACUCAGUCUGACUAAUGCCCAGGCUGCCGAGGCCUCCUAGGUCUCUGUGGGAAACGUUCAGGCGGUCGGUGCUUUUACUCAAAAUCCAAUAAAGUGUCAGUGGUUUGG